AUGCUUUUUCACCUACGAGUGUACAUCCAGAUAUGUGAGUUGGGAAAGAAAUUAGAAAAUUCAUAUGAUGGUCAAGAAAUACAACUGGCUUAUGUUAUUUUCAUGCCGAAACUAAACUGUCCACUUUCUUACGCAUUGUGUGAUUGUGUGAGUUCACAUUUAUUGCAUGAAACCCAAGAUUCUUUUAAUCUAUGGCAUUUAACUUUACAUCAAGAAAAUGCGAAGGAGGUCAGACUUCCUUUUCAUCCUGAAAUAAGAUUCUUCACAUGGCUAGGUUCUACGAUGCGGAAUGCCCGCAGCAUACUACUUAUCUCAAUUCUGAGUUUGAUAAAAAGCCAAUCUUGCACUACCAUUGAAGAUCUUGAUUUUAUAAUCCAUAUGCGGUCAUCAACUCGUGUAGUUCUGUUUUCUGCAAAAGUAACAUCCACAUAUGCAAAAUAUGCAUCAACAUUUAAGUUCUUCCACUAUUUUUCAUGUAUGAGCAAAUCAUUUUGUGAUAUCAACAUUAGAAGUAAAAAGGCCACCCACCUCGAGGAACAGCCGAAAAGACAUUCAUUGAAAAAAGGCAAUGAAAAUAAAGCAGAGACAAUAAAUCAUUCGCAUGGUCAUGGAAGGCUUGAUUGCAUCCUUCAGCUCCUCACUUCUAUAACACCAUAUGGUCACGUUAAUGGCUUUAUUGAAUUAAAGGCUUUGAGUUUCCCGAGCAGCUACAAAAAGAAUUUUAGCUCUCUAUUUUCAUCUUAG